AUGAGAGCUUGGAGUUUAAGAUUCCUUUAUUUCAACCUAAGAAACUCAACUUCUCCAGUGCCUUCUUCUUCGAUGAUACGACAUGCUUCGUUUGUGCCUGUACGUUAUCGGGAUGCUGAACCCAAAUCAAUCUUUCUGAUGAAAACGACCGGAAUGACGCGUAGGAAAGCAUUAUCAGCGAUAUUAACCAAUAAUGAAUUUCGAUUAACAUCAUUGGACUCUAUGAAACUCUCGUUUGAUAUUUUAAAGAAUGCUGGAUAUGUUUCUUCUCUCGAUCAAUAUCCUGAAUUAUUAUGCAUGCAUAGUUCAGUUCUGAAAAAUAGAAUUUUGUUAUUGGAAGAUUGCAGUUUUAAUAAGGAAAAAAUUCCCUAUUUAUUAAGUGUCUUUGAAUCUCUUCCGAAUAAGAAAUUAUUUACUUUGAAAAAUUUUGAUAUUUUACCACCGACUGUGAACUUGAUUGAAAAUUUCUUUCAUCUUUGUAGUGUUCCGAUUGCGGAGAAUUCUAUAGAAUUCGAUGAUUGGGAUACGUUUAAAGAUGUUUAUUGCAAAUUUUAUAAAUUCUAUGUCCAACGUGAACUAGGCUUGAGUGACGAACGAGUUGAGAAAAUUUUGAAACCUGUUAAGUGGAUAAGUUUCCGAUAUCUGAAGUACAAUUUGAAAAUUGUUCGUGAUAUUUUUCAUUCAAAUAAUGACGAUAUCCAGUUUCUGAGAUAUUUGCUGCAUUCGUAUCCCGAUAGCCUCCUUCACUUAUUCAAGAUUUUAAAAAAUGGACAUUUGAAGGCUUUAAUAAAAAAGAAUCCAAAAAUAGUUGAUGUUUCUACAGAAGUUAUCGCAAAAAAUGCUCAAUUUUUACAAGAAAACAAUAUCCCCAAUACAGCGCCAACCUAUGCGUCACUUUUAACUAUGGAUUCCGACUUACGUUUUAAUCGAUUAUCUAAAAUAUUGGAAACAUAUGAAUUGCAAUCUUACGUAAAACAUCCCAGAUUUAUGAAAUUAAUUGAUGAAUGCUGUUUGGCUCGUGAAAGACUGGAUGUUUUGAAAAAGCUCAACAUGAGAUGUUAUACGUUGAAUCAGUUGACCUGUCAAGAUGAAUCUUUCGUCAGACAUAUCUCUAACGGCAUUGAUAAGGUGCGGUGCAACGACAAAAUUACUUUUCUAACUGGGGAACUUCCGUAUACAAGAUCAGAAAUAAAACAAAGAUUACAUUUAAAUCCGUAUGCCGGAUACAUACCAUUACACACUGUAUGCGAAACCGUGAAUUAUUUGAAAGAAAUGGGAUUUCCUGCCGAUGAUAUUUUCAUUUCGUUACCCAUUGUACUCUACCACAAGAAAGUAGUAGCACAUGCGUUGACGGACUCAGUUCCUAAAUUGUUGAAGUCAAUGGAUUACCCUACCGAUGCAGAUAUCAUUAAACUUAAAGCAUGUUUACCUCUCGUAUUGUACUGUAUAGAAAAACAACAUAAUUUUAAGGGUGAUGGUGUUUGGAUUCAAGAUGAAAGAGCAGAUUUAUAUAUUGGAUAAUUAAUUGUUCGAUGAUUUUUUUUUCGGUUUUGUUUUCUUGUGCCUAAAUACUUUGUAAUGAUUUUUUUGUUAAACAAAUAAUUAAAAGUGAAAAUUUACGUGA